UCGAGGCCCAGGUUUGCUGUCCCCUGGAGGGGGUGCCCUUGCACUGCCAACCUCACUGCAGCUGAGCCGGCAGGGCCUGCCUGGGAAGGCUUCUGGACUUCUCUGUGCCUGGCAGGCCCCUCCGCACACUGGCCGCGGUGUCCUGCCCCCUUACCCAGAUCUGGACAGCGCAGGUCAGCCAGCUGGGCCCUGCCCGUCCUGUAUGCCCCACAGUGCCCCCAGCUCUGGGGUAGCUCCGGGCCUGUCCGCAGUGCCUCAGGGAGAUGCUGGCCGGAAGUCCGGGGCUGCUCCUGUCCUCGAGACACUACACACAGUACCACGGUUUUGUGGUCAUCCACGGCACCGACACCAUGGCCUUCGCCGCCUCGGUGCUGUCCUUCGUGCUGGAGAACCUGCAGAAGCCCGUCAUCCUCACCGGGGCCCAGGUAACCUGCGGCGAGGCUCCCGGCAGCCCCUGGGCAGGCGGUGGGCCAGGGUUCGUGAACUGUAAGCCUGCUGGCACGAGACUGUCCUCCUAACAGGCCUCCCGUCUGACCACCUGGCUUGGCACGGAGCAGGUGUCCCAAGGCCCUGGCCACUUCCCUGCCUUUGUCCCUGUCUUCAUUCUCUCUGCUGUGGUCCCCGUGAUGCAACCCUCAGGGGCCCUGGUUCCUACACUCCUCUCUUCUCUCUAACCCAGCACACCCCCAGUGCCAGAGCCGGUGAUGUGCUGGGGGGUGGCUGGGGAGGUCCCGACCCCCACCUGGGGUCCCUGUUGCCUGUGGCUUCACAAGAGCAAUUCAAGAGCCGGUCCUGUCUGCGCCCCACGGUGGGGACCAAGGCCUUUGUGUUCCAGCUGGUCCCUGAAGGAUGCUCCGGGAAGUUCUGGGGGAAACCCCUGCCAGACCUGCUGGGUCCAUCCCUGACUGUGGGGCCUGCCCAGUCUCUCUGGUGUCCCGUGGGUCCCACAGUGGGACAGUCCCACUCGGAGGAGGCCCCAGGCUGCUAUGCACUGGGUAGCUGCCGGGCUUCUGCUCGGGAGGGGUUGCAGUCCGUGUUUCCCCAAGGCCUCUCUCCCGCAGGCCGCACCCUGGUCUCACGGUCCCGCGAGAUGGACGGGGCUCGACUGGCUCUCCUCCCCUCUGACCCUCCCAGGCCCUGUGGCAGGACCACGCCUCUCCCAGGGCAGGCCGUGCUGUGCUGUCUGCGGGCUCGGGACCACGCAUGCAUGCUCUAGCCCUCGCACCGGCCUGCUAUAACCAAGGGGAAGCUGAAGCCCAGUGACGGGCUUGCCCACGGCCAUGUCCGCUUUAGAGGCAGGGCCCAAGGGAGCCGGGACCGCUGUCUGUGGGCUGUGCUGCACCUGCGCCGACCGAGACCCUGGCCUCUGCGUAGCCCCCCUGGCAGGAGCAGUGGACAGGGCAUGCCUGAGAAGUGCCAUCCCAAUGCCCCACCGCCUGUCACCCUCAGCCCUCCCCCCAAGUCCUGCUGGGGAAGGGACAGCGUGCAGGGCCCUUGGGGCAGGGGCUGUGCUGGCCCCAGAUGGGCGAGGGCAGCAGUGUGUGGGCAAGCUCUGGGGCAGGCUGGCAGGAGCAGCAGGGGCAGCUGUGGUGGUCAGCCUUGCCCGUCCUCUGAGCAGCCCCUUCCCUGCAGCCGCCUGGCUCCCAGGCUGCCCCCUCAGCCCACACCGGCCUGCCCUCUCUUCUCUCCCCCACUCUGCUGGGGCUCCUUCCUGGGCGAGGGUUUCCCAGAGAGCAGGCUGAGCCCCUGAGAGCGCCCC